CGGCUGUCGGCUAUUGCGGAAACACUUCGAUUUCAGUCUUGCAGCUCUCAUGAUCAAGUUAAGUCAUUAAUAAAGCUUUGUUUCUUCAGUUUCUUUUUAGGUUUCAUGCGCAUCAUACGUUGCAUCCGCAAUAACUGCAUAAAAGAGAAAUUAUACCAGAGAAACAGGAAGAUAAGGAAAGUCAACAAGUCCGUCUCAUUGUGCUAAUCCUCUCCUCUUGCAAUGAGUUACAUGAGCGCUGCACACCAAAGCCUCCAACAGGGCCUCCACUUUUACCCUUUCUUCAAUCCUGUUGUCGGGGGGUCCAACUCGAUGCCUCCAAUUUACCCUCUGCAGCAUCAGCAUCAACAAUCUCCAUAUAUGGUACCAACGCAAAUCACAUCACCAUCUCAAAGCCACAUGAAUUCCUAUCCAGUGUCUCCUCACCAAGUUGCAUACAAUGGCAAUGGAAACUACUGGGCCAAUGCCUUCUAUCCUCAAACUAGUAGGGACAGCACAGAAAGGACCAGUUCCGUUUGCUCAUCUUCAUUGACAGACAAGUCAAUGAUUCAAAGUUCGUGUGAUGAUGAGAGGGGCAAACAAAACUGCAACCUGAUCGUCAACUACCUGCCCGCAGAAAUGACCGAGAUGGAGUUUGGCAGGAUGUUUGCAGCCCUCGGCCCUAUUGAGAGUGUCAAACUUGUGUGUGACCCUAUUACACACAACAGCCUGGGCUACGGCUUCAUCAAGUUCUUUGACCCUGGAAGUGCGGCCAAGGCUAUACAAACAUUGAAUGGUUUGAGAAUUUGCAACAAAGAGAUCAAGGUGUCUGUUGCUCGUCCGAGUUGCAAGGAAAUCAAGGAUGCCAACUUGUAUGUGAGCAAUUUGCCUAGCUGGGUGGAAACCUCUGACCAUCUGGAACAACUCUUCAGCCCGUACGGCACCAUCGUCAGCACUCGCUUGCUUUUGAACCAAAAUCUGAAGCCUCGAGGCGUCGGUUUCGUGCGCUUCAACCUGCACCAGGAAGCGGAAAUGGCCAUGAAGACCCUGAACAGGGUCAUCCUCGAGAACUGCACUGCCCCCCUGACCAUCAGGUUCGCCAAAAGAUCCCAUGCGCUCAUGGCUGAGGGCACACAUUUUGCCAAUUUCGCUCCCAGGCGCCAGCCAGGGAUCGUCCUCCAGGUCAACUUUUUGGAUCCAACUAUCCACGAAAUUGAGCUCCACAAUAUCUUUGGACAGUUUGGACACGUGCUGGACAUUUCCAUCAUCAGGAGCCGCUGGAAUACAAGGAAAAGCUAUGCCCUGGUCACCAUGCAGGACGUCGCUUCUGCCAGUGCUGCCAUCAACUACCUCAAUGGCAGCUUUGUUGGAUCCAAGAAGGUGCGCAUCACCCUGAGCGAGGAUCACAUUGGCAAAAAGGGCAGAUAUUAAAAGGAUAGGAUGCAAAUUGCUGACUGAAUAUUGAGAAGAAAUAAUGCAAAUUUUUGUAAUGCUAGACAAAUUAACUUUUAUCUUUUAUCAAUUACGCAGUUUAUUACUUUGAAUUUGUAAAUUAUUAAUGAAAAUUAUGCUAUACUAAAAGUUGAUUUUUUCGCAGUCGAGAUUAGAGAUGUUUUAAAUGUAAUGACUAUAGCUUUGGCUACGUUGCACAUUGAGAAAUAAAAGUAAUGACAUGAUUUUCCUUGGGAAGAAAAUUGCAGAAUGAUAAAAUAAAAAGGGAAAAGAGGAUUUUAGAAUAGUCCAGUUAGAUAAAAAAAGAUCAUAUAAAUCUUUAUGAUUAAACAAACAUGAAUUUUCAGCUGAUUGUCAAGAAAACAAUAGUAUUAUUGUCUACUUAAAUCUUUCAUUUAUUCCUUUGA